CACUAUCAGGGCAAGUAUAGCUGUAUGGGAAAGUGCAUUAAAGAAAUUGGAAGUUAUUUCAAACGGUGACAUCAUGAAUAAGCUCAAAAUAAGCUACGACUCUUUACAAGACAACCAUGACCAGGACUUAUUUCUCCAUGUUGCAUGUUUCUUCAUCGGAAAGGACGAGGAUGUCACUAUGAAAAUAUUGGAUGGAUGUGAUUUCCAUACGACUGUAGGCAUUCAAAAUCUCAUUGAUAUAUGUCUGGUAGCUAAAGAUGGAGAUAAUAAGUUGAAGAUGCAUCAAAUGAUUCGUGAUAUGGGAAGAGAAAUUGUUCGCCUUGAAUCAAAGGAGCCUGAAAAAUGCAGCAGAUUACGGUAUCGUAAGGAUUCUCUCAAUGUAUUGAGAGAAAAGAAUGGUUCAAAAAAAAUUGAAGGUCUUGCCCUGCAUAUGUACCAUGUAGAAACUCCUUCAGGAAAUACAAAUAAGAUUCUUGAUCUCAGUGGUUCCUGUAUCCUCACUGAAACUGGUGACUUCUCAUUGGUCCCCAAUCUUGAGAGGUUGAUUCUUGAAGAUUGU